GCAGCACCGGGCCAGGGGCGGAUAGACGCGAAGCGUGCAGCAUGGCGGACGAUGGAGACAGCUCGAGCGCUCCACUCGACACCAGCGGCGGCCAGGAGGCGGCGGAGGAGUCCGGCGGCGUGGGGGGUGGGAUGCUGCUGAACGCGGCCGUGGCGCUGGCCGUGCUGGCGGCGUGCGUGGCGCUCUACCGCCGCUGGGCCAGGCGGCUCGGCGAGGACGGCGCGGCCCGGGGCGGCGAGGCCUCGGUGUUGCCCAAGAUGAGGCGGCGGGACUUGACGCUGGAGCAGCUGCGCGAGUACGACGGGCUCCGGAACCCCCGCAUCCUCGUGGCCGUCAACAUGAAGGUGUUCGACGUGACCAGCGGCAAGAAGUUCUACGGGAAAGAGGGUCCGUACGGGAUCUUCGCGGGUCGCGACGCGUCCCGAGGCCUGGCCACCUUUUGCCUGGAGAAAGACGCCCUGCGGGAUGAGUACGACGACCUGUCCGACCUCAGCGCCGUGCAGAUGGAGAGCGUCCGCGAGUGGGAGAUGCAGUUCAUGGAGAAGUACGACUACGUGGGCCGGUUGCUGAAGCCGGGCGACGAGCCGUCGGAGUACACGGACGAGGAGGACGUCAAAGACAUCAAGGAGCACCCCAAACACGACUGACUGCUUCCUUGCUUCCUUACUUCGUCCGUCCGUCCCCCAGCCCCCCAAAAAAACUCGGACCGGCCGCCGCCAUCUCAGGCCCCCCGCUUCUUCUUCUGGACGGGCUCCAGGAAAACUUGUUGUUCUUGGUUUUACGAUCUGGCUCACACGUGCACUCGCUUGUGACGGCCUCGGCAAUCAAGCCGUCGGUCGAUCGAUCAUUUCGCCGUCGGGCACAGGUGUGGCAGUACCAAAGGUGCGAGGCAGGGCGGCGCGCUCCUCUUGCUUGUAGUCCGUGCACUACCGGUCGAUGUUCGUUAGCGUGCGGGGGAGGGGGCUUAGCUACAUGUUUUGGAAUCGGGGGGGGCUAAUGGAAGGUGAUUGGAUUGGUGUUCCUAAUCAAGCGACUCAGUUGUUUACAAGCCGGCUAUAAGUCUGUGUCGUCCCCCCCGCCCCCCCAAAAAAAAAAUCCUCUCGUGGACGGUCCCCUUUUCAAAAAGUAACGGCCCAAGUAUUAGUCGUGCCUUAUUUGCUUUGUCGUCCCAGGUGGAGUAGACCCCCUCGCCCCCCACCCAACUAAAAUAAAAAAACAAGGCACACCAACUUGUAAAUAACUAGCGCUUAGGACUCUUUCAGUCAUUGUUGCUGCCAUAUUCAUGUAGUCCAUUUUUGUUUUUCUUCAGCCAAACCCCCCCCCCCCCCCCCCCCCCCCCCAAUGUGGAUGUUACUUUUGGGGAAGGUUGCAGACAGUGUACAUAAGAAACAAUAGCCAUCAUUCUAUUCAAGCAUGUGCAACACAACAGUGAGCCGAGCGGCCCCUUUUGUCACCGUGUCGUCGUGUAUUUAAACGUCCGCUGAGUGUGUGCGCGUGUGUAUGUGUGCGCGCGUGUGCGAUAGUGUCUGCGCACACCAGGCAGGAAGGGAUUUGUUCAUGCAUAAUAAAUGGUUUGGUUAGUAAUUGA